AUGGCAGCUGUCCCACCUGAGCAGAGAGUUAGUGGAAGUCGGCUUACGAUAAAUGGACGUGCUCAGACCGCCCUUGUCAUCCCUGCAAAUGACCAGAUCCAGAAACGGGAGGCGAUCUUUAACAAUCACAGAGAGAAUUCCAGUAAAAAUAUUAAGGGCAAACCUAUAUUAUCACUAAAUUAUAAAGAAGAAGCUGAAGAUGUCCUGCAGCGCUCCUCAGGAGAAAACCUCAUUACCAUUAAUGUACACCCAGGACUUCACAGUACAGAUCUAUUAUAUAAUCUCCCUGAUCAUCAGGAACCUUCUCCUGACCAAUUACAGAUUGUUAUCACAAAUACAGGUCAGAAAGGGGAUAAAAGGUUUCAGGGUGGUAAAGAGUUAACAGAACAAUCAAGACUUUCUACACACAGAAGAAUUCACACAGCAGAGCAGGAAUAUGGGAAAAGCUUUACAAGUAAAUCAGAUCUUGCUAAACAUGAGACAAUUCACACAGUAGAGAAGCCAUAUUCAUGUUCAGAAUGUGGUAAAUGUUUUAAAAAGAGAUCACAUCUUGUUACACAUGAGAGAAUUCACACAGGAGAGAAGUCAUAUUCGUGUUCAGAAUGUGGGAAAUGUUUUACAGAUAAAACCAGUCUUGUUAGACAUGAAAGAAUUCACACAAGAGAGAAGCCAUAUUCAUGUUCAGAGUGUGGAAAAUGUUUUAGACAGAAAUCAUAUCUUGUUAUACAUGAGAGAAGUCACACAGGAGAGAAGCCAUAUUCAUGUUCAGAAUGUGGGAAAUGUUUUAUAGAGAAAUCGCAUCUCAUUAGACAUUGGAGAAGUCACACAGGAGAGAAGCCAUAUUCAUGUUCAGAAUGUGGGAAAUGUUUUACACAUAAAUCAGAUCUUGUUAAACAUAAGAGAAUUCACACAGGAGAGAAGCCAUAUUCAUGUUCAGAAUGU